GAGAGUUUUAAGUGUGUUGACGACCGACAGACUUGGUUUUUACUCAGGCUCGUCCAGAAGCAGGUUAAGCAGUUGCAGCGACAUUUUUACCUCCUCGUAUAAAGAUAUAAUUGACCAAAGAUCAUGAACAGUCUAAUUAGAUCCACUGCGAGGUGUCUGCGGUCGGGGGCGGCGGUCUAUCCGCCUAGGCAGGCCGACGGACGCGUGUGGUCGGCCUCGGCCCGGUUCCUGUGCGCGUCAGCGGGCCUCCAGAAAGACCUUGGUGAGAUGGUCAAGAAGGACAAAGUGGUGGUGUUCAUGAAGGGGACGCCGGCUCAGCCCAUGUGUGGCUUCAGCAAUGCCGUGGUUCAGAUCCUCCGGAUGCACGGGGUGGACGACUACGCUGCGUACAACGUAUUGGAGGACUCCGAGCUCAGAGAAGGAGUCAAGACCUUCUCCAACUGGCCCACGAUCCCUCAGGUGUACUUCAGCGGCGAGUUUGUGGGGGGCUGCGACAUCCUGCUCCAGAUGCACCAGAACGGAGAUCUGGUGGAGGAGUUAAAGAAGCUGGGCAUCAGCUCUGCACUGCUGGAGGCUGAGAAAGAGUCCAAGUAGAGGGAGAGGAUGAACUGCAAACAGCUGACAGGACAGAAGACGCAUUUAUCAGGUUUCAUCCCCCCUCCCCUCCCCUCCCUCAGAUGAUGACAUUAUAAAUCCAGAGCUCCUGCUUCACUGCUUAUUCUCUUCUUAACACAAAUAAUGUACCUGGUGGGUGAGGAAGAAAUAAAGGGUGGACCAUGUCUUCCCAGGAAUCCAAAAUCAGUUUAAGCUAACACUCCACCCACAUUUCUCAACUGUAACAGUUUUUUUUGGGGGGGGGGGGCAGCUGAAACAAGUUGCUUUUUUUUUUUGCUGACGACGGCUGCAAAAAUGAACCGAAAGUUAAGUUUGAGGCCAAGACUCAAACAAUGAGCUGAAAGAUGCUAUAUAAAGCUCUAUAUGUGCGCUGGAAAACGGUGAUAAUCCUCUGUGGGUUCAUAGUGGCAGCUUUAAUAUUUCCCUUAACACAUGGAGGAAAACCAUUGAUCUUUCCUCCUGUACUUCCUACGUUUUGAAUACUUUUCUAUCCUAUCGCGAUUCACCAAUUUCUGUACACUAUCCUACAAUAAAAUAUUUCAAACAAAAAUCAAUGGCAGCAUAGUUUUUGGAAUCGCAGGCUUUUCGUGACGAAUACAGUGUUGAACGUCGAACUGUCAGAGACAUCAUUUCACAUCGAGGUUGGACUUCUACUGCCAGAGGGAGGCCGUCCGGUUCCCUCCCUGGGUUUUAAAUCAGUUUACACAAGAAUGGCGUCAAACCUCUUAUCAUCUUGCCCUCUAAAAGCCCUGCUACCUCUACAGUCCACUCCCCGCACCACAGUCUGCGUAAGACCAAAUGAGCCUCAGGGUGCACCAAGACUAAGUUCACGCUGCUUGGGUCCCACCAGGGAAACAUGCCAUUAUACCAGAAAGCUUCCAAAUGCACUGCCUGUAGCUACAGUAUGCUGAAGUAAAAACACUGUUGAUACAUCACUGAUUAAUAAAGCUGAUGUGGGUUCAUUAUAAUGUAAAUGUUUAGUUCAAUAUCUGGUCAAUAAUAAAAUAAAAAAAUAAAACAUCUGGUGAAUGACAUCUGUUUAAUUUAUGGACCACACCUCAGUGCUCAGUAACCCAUGCAUGCACUGUCCGUAUAACUGAUGGACCCGACCCCAUUAUUCCCUUUUGUUCUUCCUACCUGGAAUCAAACCAAAAUGUGUCCUGUUUUAAUGUCUACACUGAAACGCUGAAACGCAACAAACAUACAAUGAUACCUUUUCUCUUAUUCCUGAAGACUAAUAUACAGCACAUUUGGACUAACAGAAGCAGGUAUAUAUAUAUAUAUAUAUAUAUGAAGUGUGUUGCGUCUGUUACAAGUCUGUGGUAUUUGUUAAUGUAUCAAAGGAAAAGAGGGUUUUUUGUUUUGGAAGGGUGGGGAUAUAUUUUUUUUUUUGUCUCACUGAGAACCCCUGACCCUUAUCAAUCCUAAUGUUCGUCCUGCUGCACACAGUUGUAAUAUCAAAGCAAUGGGCAUGUAGUCCACUGUAAGAUAUUGUACAUUGAAAGCAUUUUAUUAAAUGUAUUUUAGCUGCAUGUAAAUCCUGCACCAAUUAAAUAUUUUGUGACACAAAUAAGCUGGA